AUGUCUCCCGCUUUCCACCACCCCGCCCCAUUCUCCCGCUUUCCAUCACCCCGCCCCAUUCUCCCGCUUUCCAUCACUCCGCCCCAUUCUCCCGCUUUCCAUCACCCCGCCCCAUUCUCCCGCUUUGCAUCACCCCGCCCCAUUCUCCCGCUUUCCAUCACCCUGGCCCAUUCUCCCUCCUUCCAUCACCCCGCCCCAUUCUCCCGCUUUCCAUCACCCCGCCCCAUUCUCCCGCUUUCCAUCACCACGCCCCAUUCUCCCACUUUCCAUCACAACGCCCCAUUCUCCCUCCUUCCAUCACCCCGCCCCAUUCUCCCGCUUUCCAUCACCCCGCCCCAUUCUCCCGCUUUCCAUCACCCCGCCCCAUUCUCCCGCUUUCCAUCAACCCGCCCCAUUCUCCCGCUUUCCAUCACCCCGCCCCAUUCUCCCGCUUUCCAUCACCCCGCCCAAUUCUCCCGCUUUCCAUCACCCCGCCCCAUUCUCCCGCUUUCCAUCACCGCGCCCCAUUCUCCCACUUUCCAUCACCCCGCCCCAUUCUCCCUCCUUCCAUCACCCCGCCCUAUUCUCCCGCUUUCCAUCACCCCACCCCAUUCUCCCUCCUUCCAUCACCGCGCCCCAUUCUCCCUCCUUCCAUCACCCCGCCCCAUUCUCCCGCUUUCCAUCACCCCGCCCCAUUCUCCCGCUUUCCAUCGCCCCAUUCUCCCGCUUUCCAUCACCCUGCCCCAUUCUCCUGCUUUCCAUCACCCCGCCCCAUUAUCCCGCUUUCCAUCACCCCGCCCCAUUCUCCCGCUUUCCAUCACCCCGCCCUAUUCUACCACUUUCCAUCUACCCGCCCCAUUCUCCCGCUUUCCAUCACCCCGCUCCUUUCUCCCGCUUUCCAUCACCCCGCCCCAUUCUCCCGCUUUCCAUCACCCCGCCCCAUUCUCCCGCUUUGCAUCACCCCGCCCCAUUCUCCCGCUUUCCAUCACCCCACCCCAUUCUCCCUCCUUCCAUCACCCAGCCCCAUUCUCCCUCCUUCCAUCACCCCGCCCCAUUCUCCCGCUUUCCAUCACCCCGCCCCAUUCUCCCGCUUUCCAUCACCCCGCCUUAUUCUCCCGCUUUGCAUCACCCCGCCCCAUUCUCCCACUUUCCAUCACCCCGCCCCAUUCUCCCUCCUUCCAUCACCCCACCCCAUUCUCCCGCUUUCCAUCACCCCGCCCCAUUCUCCCGCUUUCCAUCACCCCGCCCCAUUCUCCCGCUUUCCAUCACCCCGCCCCAUUCUCCCGCUUUCCAUCACCCCACCCCGUUCUCCCGCUUUCCAUCACCCCGCCCCAUUCUUCCUCCUUUCAUCACUCCGCCCCAUUCUCCCUCCUUCCAUCACCCCACCCCAUUCUCCCGCUUUCCAUCACCCCGCCCCAUUCUCCCGCUUUCCAUCACCCCGCCCCAUUCUCCCGCUUCCAUCACCCCGCCCCAUUCUCUCGCUUUCCAUCACCCCGCCCCAUUCUCCCGCUUUCCAUCACCCCGCCCCAUUCUCCCGCUUUCCAUCACCCCGCCCCAUUCUCCCUCCUUCCAUCGCCCCGUCCCAUUCUCCCGCUUUCCGUCACCCCGCCCCAUUCUCCCGCUUUCCAUCACCCCGCCCCAUUCUCCCGCUUUCCAUCACCCCGCCCCAUUCUCCCGCAUUCCAUCACCCCGCCCCAUUCUCCCGCUUUCCAUCACCCCACCCCAUUAUCCCUCCUUCCAUCACCCCGCCCCAUUCUCCUUUCUUCCAUCACCCUGCCCCAUUCUCCCGCUUUCCAUCACCCCGCCCCAUUCUCCCGCUUUCCAUCACUCCGCCCUAUUCUCCCGCUUUCCAUCACCCCGCCCAAUUCUCCCGCUUUCCAUCACCCCUCCCCAUUCUCCCGCUUUCCAUCACCCCGCCUCAUUCUCCCGCUUUCCAUCACCCCGCCCCAUUCGCCCGCUUUCCAUCACCCCGUCCAUUCUCCCGCUUUCCAUCACCCCGUCCCAUUCUCCCGCUUUCCAUCACCCCGCCCCAUUCUCCCACUUUCCAUCACCCCACCCCGUUCUCCCGCUUUCCAUCACCCCGCCCCAUUCUUCCUCCUUUCAUCACUCUGCCCCAUUCUCCCUCCUUCCAUCACCCCACCCCAUUCUCCCGCUUUCCAUCACCCCGCCCCAUUCUCCCGCUUUCCAUCACCCCGCCCCAUUCUCCCGCUUUGCAUCACCCCGCUCCAUUCUCUGGGGCGUCCGGGGAGAGCAUCGCGACGCUUUGGGGCAUCCGGGGAGAGCAUCGCGACGCUCUGGGGCGUCCGGGGAGAGCAUCGCGACACUCUGGGGCGUCCGGGGAGAGCAUCGCGACGCUCUGGGGCGGUUUGGGAGAGCAUUGCGACGCUCUGGGGCGUCCGGGUAGAGCAUCGCGACACUCUGGGGCGUCCGGGGAGGGCAUCGCGACGCUCUGGGGCGUCCGGGGAGAGCAUCGCGACGCUCUGGGGCGUCCGGGGAGAGCAUCGCGACGCUCUGGGGCGUCCGGGGAGAGCAUCGCGACGCUCUGGGGCGUCCAAGGAGAGCAUCGCGAAGCUCUGGGGCGUCCGAGAAGAGCAUCGCGACGCUCUGGGGCAUCCGGGGAGAGCACCGCGACGCUCUGGGGCGUCCGGGGAGAGCAUCGCGAUGCUCUGGGGCGUCCGGGGAGAGCAUCGCGACGCUCUGGGGCGUCCGAGGAGAGCAUCGCGACGCUCUGGGGCGUCCGGGGAGAGCAUCGCGACGCUUUGGGGCGUCCGGGGAGAGCAUCGCGGCGCUCUGGGGCGUCCGAAGAGAGCAUCGCGACGCUCUGCGGCGUUCGGGGCGAGCAUCACGACGCUCUGGGGCGGCUGGGGAGUGCAUCGCGAUGCUCUGGGGCGUCCGGGUAGAGCAUUGCGACGCUCUGGGGCGUCCGGGGAGAGCAUCGCGACGCUCUGGGGCGUCUGGGGAAAGUAUCGCGACGCUCUGGGGCGUCCGGAGAGAGCAUCGCGAUGCUCUGGGGCGUCCGGGGAGAGCAUCGCGACGCUCUGGGGCGUCCGGGGAGAGCAUAGCGACGCUCUGGGGCGUCCGGGGAGAGCAUCGCGACGCUCAGGGGCGUCCGGGGAGAGCAUCGCGACGCUCUGGGGCGUCCGGGGAGAGCAUCGUGAAGCUCUGGGGCGUCGAGGGAGAGCAUUGCGACGCUCUGGGGCGUCCGGGGAGAGCAUCACGACGCUCUGGGGCGGCUAG